AUGAGAGGCAGCCCGAGAAGCGUCCAGGAACUGCUGUAUCAGAAGUUGAUGGAGAGCCCUGGCUUUCAUCGCUUUGUGCGGAGGAUUUAUUACAGAAUUAACGGACUUCAAGAACCGAUGGGUAACGACAGCCUGCCGCAUGCAGGUCAAAAUUUCAGACCGACGGCGCUUCAGAAGUUCAAGGCGUUUCGUGUUUUGUUCUGGGAUGAAAUGAGAUCUGUUGUAGGCCUGGAAAGAAGGUUUAACAAGCGCUUUUAG